UGAGCGAUUCAAUUCCUGCUGGCUACAGCUUUGAAUAUUCAUAUGACGCAUCUGUCCUCUCUCUCGCUCGCUCGCUCUUUACUGUUUUUAAACUGUCGAUUUAUCUAAAAUCGUGAGGUUAUUUGGCACGAGACCCUGUGAUCUGUCGACCACCCUGUUCUGCUGCAGUGAGCAGAUGCUAAGCAUGCUGGGACGUGACUGAAGCAUGAUGGAUCCUGAGGAAGCCGAGCUUCUGAAUGACUACCGUUAUCGUAGUUACGCAGCUGUAAUUGAGAAGGCGCUGCGGAACUUUGAAUCAUCUAGUGAAUGGGCCGAUCUCAUCUCCUCACUAGGAAAACUCAACAAGGCUCUCCAGAGUAAUCUAAAGUACUCGCUGUUACCGCGGCGGCUGAUCAUCGGGAAGCGUCUGGCUCAGUGUUUGCAUCCUGCCCUGCCCAGCGGUGUCCAUCUCAAAGCACUUGAGACCUAUGAGGUCAUUUUCAAAAUCAUCGGCACAAAAUGGCUAGCCAAGGAUCUCUUCAUAUACAGCUCAGGGCUGUUUCCAUUGUUGGGUCAUGCAGCGAUGUCGCUGAAGCCGGUUCUGCUGACGCUGUACGAGCGGUACUUCCUGCCUCUCCAGAGGGCGCUUUUACCCAGCCUGCAGGCCUUUAUUAUGGGCCUACUGCCAGGACUGGAGGAGGGCGCGGAGGUCUAUGAGAGGACGGAUGCGUUGCUUGUGAAGUUGUCAGUGUUGGUGGGUCAGUCUGUGUUUUAUGGGGCGCUGUGGGGUUCAGUCCUUAUAUGUCCUCUGGUACGGCUCCCAGCCUCCCUCUUCAUUGUGGCACACUUUGACCUCUCAAUCGCCGCUCGAGAACAGAAGUAUAUGCUUGGGACAGACCACAGACUAGUGGUGAAAGCUGUUUGUCUUGCCUUACAAGACUCUAACGUUCUGGUCCAGAGAAACAUGCUGGAAAUCCUUCUCUACUUCUUCCCUUUCACAUCCUGCCAGGAUCCUGAGGAAUGUGCCUUUCCACUAAAGCAAGAUGAGGUGAUCAGUGUGGUGUCUGCUGCCUCACUCACUCUGCUCAGGAGAGACAUGUCUCUGAAUCGACGCCUCUACGCAUGGAUGCUCGGCUUAGACAUCAAAGGAGGAAUGGUGGCUGCAGACUCCAGUCGCUUUAACACUGUGGAGGAAUACACUGCAUUCUACUUCAGUACACACUCCAGAGAAUUACUGGUGCAGGCUGUGGUGAAUAUUCUGAAGCAGAAAGACAUAGAGGCCAACCCAGACAAUCUAAUAGAGUAUCUUAGACCGUUUCGCAUCAUCCUUAGUCUGCUGGACAAAUCUGAAAUAGGGCCAUUGGUGUUGUCUGAUGUGUUGCUGGAGGUGGUCAGAGCUUUUUACAGCUACUGUAAAGUGAUGCUGGGAGAGGACAGUCUCAACUCCAGCCUCAGUGGCAGCCAACUCAACAGUAAAAUCAAGGAGAAUAAAAAUUCCUCAGAGAUCAUAAAGACCGUCAAUAUGCUUGUGAGUGCAAUGAGCAGCAAUUAUCUCUGGGACUAUAUGACAAGGCAUUUCCAAAUCUGUCUCAGCUCACUGAGUGAUCCAGCCGGGAAGCAUCCAUCUAAAGCCUGGAGUAGCCCUCCCUCAGUGACUGAACUCUCAACGCUCAUUAUCUUCCUGAUGGAUGUUAUUCCUUUGGAGCUUUAUGCAGAGAUUCAAACGCAAUGCCUGCCACAGAUUCUGGGCUGCAUGCUGCAGUCGCUGCGUUGUCACAUGACAUCCCUUCGCCUACAGGAGCUCACGCAGGCCUUGAGAGCAUGUUUUAAAGUGCUCAGUAAGAUCCAGAUGCCAGUGGCUUAUAUGGACAUGGAGGCUGAAUCACAGACGCAAGAUCUGGAGCAAACACGGAUUGUAAUGACAGGCAACAAUAAAGUCAAAGAAACUGACCAGGUGAAUGGUAACCAUGAUGACAGCUCCAGUGAGGUCGGUCUGAAUGGACAGGAGAGACAGGAGGCGGAGCCAGGUGUAGUUCCACAUUCUGCUUUGCGCUCUGAAGACAGUGGAUUAGGCCUGAGCGCAUCUCCAUCUGAACAGCACCUCCUGCCAGGCCGUAAUGGAUCAGAUACUGCUUCUGGUGUGAACCCUGAAGCAGAGGACGUGUGGAGAAGAGGAGGAACUAUAGAAAACAUGUCCAAAUGUGUGCAGGACAUACUGGCAUCUGUGAUCACAAGGCAUUUGUUAGAUGUCGGGGAUCCAGAGAAGAAGAAGAAACAGGAAGCAGCAAAUCAGCUAGAUCCUAAUGCUCCUCCAAGAGGCAGUAAACGGUCUCCAUUGAAACGGAAAGGCAGUCGAGACUUGGGUCUUAUCAAAGACAGACUUGCUGAGUUCUUUAACCCUAGUAAACUGAGGAUCCAUGCCCUUCAUGGGUCUUCUAGAGAUAAAAACCACAGACCAGCAGUGUUGGAGUGGAUGGGAAAUUUCCAGUCAAAGAGCAAAGGGGAGAUAUCAGAGUCAUGCCGCCAGGUGGUCACCGUGGUCUGUCAGCUUCUACUGGAAUGCACAACAUUUCCCGUCUAUUUUACUGAAGAAGAGAACCAAGACCUGCAGACAUCUAUGUUCAACAAGACAGGGAUUGAGGGAACCCUUCCUGACUGGCUGAGGUCCUUGAUGACUCUGUGUUGCCUGACGAAAGACUACCAGGUGCAACAUGUUGCCAUCUCUUCUUUGCUGGAGCUGAUCAAUCACUCUCAGUCUUUAGCCCUCGUCAUUCAGGAUAAAAAUCAACGUUAUAAGAACUCGGAUGUGAACCCACUCAGCGGACAGCUGCAAAUGGUCACCCUGCCUCCCAUCUACCCAGCUGUUCUCAAAACUCUGGAGGAUUCUACAGACUUUUACCUGCGUGUAUCUCAGGUUUUAUGGGCUCAGCUUGACACAGAGCGUAGAGAGCAUCACGUAUCCUGUGUGGAGCUGUUCUAUCGGCUUCACUGCUUGGCUCCAUCUGCAUCUAUCUGCGAGGACAUCAUCUGCUUGGGUUUACUCAGUGGGGACAAGGUUGUGUGUCUAGAGGCGCUCCACAGGUUCUCAGUUUUGUGGCACCUGACACGAGAGAUCCAGACCAAUCGCAGCACAUCUCUCAACCGCUCCUUUGACAGGUCUUUGUUUGUGGUACUAGAUAGUUUAAACAAUCAGGAUGGUAGUGUUAGUGCCGCAGCACAGAACUGGUUGGUGCGGGCUCUCUCCCUCAGUGAUGUGGUCCGUAUCUUGGAACCGGUGCUGCUCUUACUGUUGGACCCAAGAACACAGAGAUCACCAAUACAAAGCGUCAAACAGAAUCUCUCUGUUGGUAUGGAAACAAAACACACACAUACACACACACACACCAGAUCAGAACAUGCAGUGGUGCAACAUGUUGCCAUCUCUUCUUUGCUGGAGCUGAUCAAUCACUCUCAGUCUUUAGCCCUCGUCAUUCAGGAUAAAAAUCAACGUUAUAAGAACUCGGAUGUGAACCCACUCAGCGGACAGCUGCAAAUGGUCACCCUGCCUCCCAUCUACCCAGCUGUUCUCAAAACUCUGGAGGAUUCUACAGACUUUUACCUGCGUGUAUCUCAGGUUUUAUGGGCUCUGCUUGACACAGAGCGUAGAGAGCAUCACGUAUCCUGUGUGGAGCUGUUCUAUCGGCUUCACUGCUUGGCUCCAUCUGCAUCUAUCUGCGAGGACAUCAUCUGCUUGGGUUUACUCAGUGGGGACAAGGUUGUGUGUCUAGAGGCGCUCCACAGGUUCUCAGUUUUGUGGCACCUGACACGAGAGAUCCAGACCAAUCGCAGCACAUCUCUCAACCGCUCCUUUGACAGGUCUUUGUUUGUGGUACUAGAUAGUUUAAACAAUCAGGAUGGUAGUGUUAGUGCCGCAGCACAGAACUGGUUGGUGCGGGCUCUCUCCCUCAGUGAUGUGGUCCGUAUCUUGGAACCGGUGCUGCUCUUACUGUUGGACCCAAGAACACAGAGAUCACCAAUACAAAGCGUCAAACAGAAUCUCUCUGUUGGUAAUUUAAAGGCACUGACCUGGAGAGACAGAUCCAUCACAAAAAGUGCUGGAGACAACAUGACUCCCGGUUGCCAAACAGGAGAAAGCUUUGUCAGGCGCAUCACCAUAGUAGACCGUGAAGCAUUGUGGGCAGAGUUGGAACGAGAUCCAGAACUAACACCUCCAGACUCCCCAACAAUGUCUCGGAGUGAGAGCGAAGAGACUGAGGGAGAGGAUGAAGAAGUAGAGGAAGAAGAGGAAAGUGAACACACCGAAUCUGCAGACACCAGUGGCACUCAGAACUCCACUGAAAACUCCAGCUCAAGCGCCGUCCCUUACUUGCAGCAUCAUGACGAUGGUAGCGUUGAGGAGGAGGGUGUUACCAACGGCCUGCAGAGGGUGGAUUCAGAACGCACGCAGGUUUCGGAUUCGCUCUCAAGUGAUGAAGACGAUGGCCAGUUGGAGGCCAUAGCCAAGUUCCGGUUGCUCAAGCGACAACGGGAGAAACGUGAGGCAGUGGAUUCACUGUUCCGCCAUGUUUUGCUCUAUAAGCAGCAGUACGAGAGCAGCCGAAUUCUCUAUGCCUUCACUAUUUUAGAGACCAUCCUCCGGACAAGUGCAGGGCCAUUUGUGGAGGCUCUCUCCAGUACUUCUCUGGACUGCAGCUCCAUUGCCCAUCUCAACCUCAUCCAGAACCUUCUGCAGAGGCACCGUCAGGCUCAGGACGGUGGCAGCUUCUAUGGGCGAUUGCAAACCUCAACUCCACCAAGUGGAGCCACUCCUGACCCAUCCCAAACAGCAUUUUCUCCUCUCCAUUCACCAUCUUCUCCUUCUUCUCCACCAACUCUUCUGCUAGAGCUACUCACCUGCCUUUGCAUGCGUUAUCUCCGCUCUCACUAUCCCUCUUAUGCUAGCAUUCCCACUCGCCAACUCCAGGCCAAUCGGGAGGUCCAGGUGAAGAGCGUGGAGGUGCUGACAGAGUUGAUGAUCCAGUUGGUGUGGGUUGCCCAGCAAGCUCAAAUCGGAGAAGCAAAGGGAACUGCUAGCCUGGAGGCGGUGCACAACCUUCUUUGGGGCUAUAAGGUGCAACAGUAUGUCCUUCUGAUGCUUUCCGCUUCCAUGUAUGUCUGCCAAAGAGCUGAUCGGCCAGACCAGCAUACAUUGCCUGAAGAAGACCAGGGAGGAGACGUAGGUGAGAUCUCAGAAGAGAGCCUGAUCAAUUUUGGCCGGGAUGGAAUCUGGGCUGAGCACCCUCUUCAGAUUGCCCUACUGAAGCUUCUGAAGGUUCUUAUUGUAUUGGAGCACCAUGUGUGUCCACCACACACCAAAGCACAAGAUCACGAUCAAAGCAAUUCUAACCCACAGCAACGUGCAGAUCCUUCAGCCUUGGCUCGAGAGUGGCAAACAGCUGUGAUGUUCCAGCAGUCCAUCAAAGCAGUGCGUUAUGUACCCAGCCAGCCUAUCACCGCUCAGGGCAUGUUUGUGUCCGCAGCAGCCCGAGCUUUGCACCCUCAGUAUGGCUGUGCCAUGCACCCAGCCUGGGUGACUCUGCUAUGUGAAGUGUUGCCGUAUUUAGGACGAUCACUGGCCAUUAUUGUAUCACCCAUAAUUGCCCAGAUCUGCAGGAACCUGGACGAGCUUGUUAAACAGCAUGAGCAUGAUGGAAUCAAAGCUUCACACAAUGGUACCUUAAAGAGGGAGAACAUAGCACCUGACUAUCCUCUGACACUACUGGAAGGACUGACCACUAUCACACACUACUGUCUUCUAGACCACAGGAAAACAGCUGCAGCCUGUGACGUUCCAGACCUACGAAAUGCUAGCAAUGCCAUUCUGGAGGAGUUUCCACACAUGAUUAGCAGCAUGGCCUUACUCUGGGGAGUGGUCAAGGGCUGUGACUCCACCCAUGGCAGCAGAGCCUCACCCACCUCUGUGUAUUUUAAAGGCACAAAGAUCUUGAGGCAAAAGGUUCUGGAGUUCUUAAUGCCACUAACUCAGCAGUUUGGGGUGCAGGUCAUGACCUCUGUGGCCGCUGUAUGGAGUAGCAGGAAGAGUCGCAAAAGACGUUCCGGAAACAAGAUUUUACCAGAUGCUAGUGAUUCUCAAAUGACCUUGGUGGACCUAGUGAAGGCACUAAACACACUCCGUACAGACACCAUACUGCAGCUCAUUAGAGAGGUGGUGAAGAAACCCCAUCAGAUCAGAGGAGACCAGAAGACUACAUUAGUUGACAUUCCAGUGCUACAGUUCAGCUAUGUUUACAUUCAAAGUCUCACCGCUCAAGCUCUUCAGGAGAGCAUCAAUCCUCUCCUCUCUCUGCUCAGAGAAUCUGUCCAGCUUAACCUCACCCCUCCUGGACACUUCUUGCUCCUCGGUAUCCUUGAUGACUGUGUAAAUAGACUUCCCAAUAUCGACAACAAGAGGGAUACUAAAGAACUGCAGGAAGUGAGCCAGCGCAUACUAGAAGCGGUGGGAGCUGUGGCCGGCUCGUCUCUUGAGCAGACUAGCUGGCUGAGUCGUAACCUGGAAGUGAAAGCACAGCCUCAAGUCUGUCUUCAGGGAGAUGAAGAUGACCAUGAUGGCAAUGAGUUAGAGGAGUGUGCAGGUCAGGGCAGCGCUAUGGUGUCAUCUUCAGCACCAUCUGUAUUCAGCGUACAAGCUCUUGUUCUGCUGGCUGAGUGUGCAGGUCAGGGCAGCGCUAUGGUGUCAUCUUCAGCACCAUCUGUAUUCAGCGUACAAGCUCUUGUUCUGCUGGCUGAGGUCCUGGCUCCUCUUUUGGACAUGGUCUAUCGCAGUGAUGAGAAGGAGAAAGCCGUGCCUCUCAUUUCCCGACUCAUGUAUUAUGUUUUUCCCUAUCUAAAAAAUCAUAGUGCCUAUAACAUGCCUAGUUUCUGUGCGGGUGCUCAGUUGUUGAGCAAUCUGAGUGGAUAUGCCUACACUAAGCGAGCGUGGAAGAAAGAGGUGCUGGAACUAUUCAUGGACCCAAUGUUUUUCACAAUGGAGUCCUCGUGUUCCUGCCAUUGGAGAUCCAUCAUAGACCAUCUUCUGACUCAUGAGAAGACAAUGUUCAAAGACUUGAUGAGCAUGCAGAGCAACUCUUUGAAGCUCUUCAAUAGCGCUGAGCAGAAGCCUAUGUUACUAAAAAGACAGGCUUUUGCCAUGUUUAGCGGAGAGAAUGACCAGUACCACUUCUAUUUGCCUCUCAUACAAGAGCGUCUAACAGAGAACCUGCGUGUGGGACAGACCCCAUCAGUGUCAGCUCAGAUGUUCCUCAUGUUUCGUGUUCUCCUGUUAAGGAUCUCACCGCAACAUCUCACCUCUCUCUGGCCAAUCAUGGUCACUGAACUGAUGCGCAUUUUUAACCGCCUUGAGAAGACAUUGCUGGAUGAUAAAGAAGUUUCAAAGAGUAAAUUGCGGGGUGGCCAUGACAAGAAUGGUCUGCUCUUCCCUCAGGCAGAGCUGGACAUGUACCUGUCAGCCUGCAAGUUCCUGGACACCGCUGUGUCCUUCCCACCUGAGCACAUGCCUCUGUUUCAAAUGUAUCGCUGGGCUUUCAUUCCUGAAGUAGAUGUUGACCAUUAUGAUGGACCAGGAAACACUCUGCUAGAAGGGGAACAAGAGUGUAAACCUCAUAUUGUUAGGAUACUGGAUGGAAUAAACCGACGCUAUGGGCAGCUGAAUGGAACAGCGGGAGAGUCAAACACGGAUCGAGUGAAGUUUCCUCUGCUCACACUACGUUCCCUCUGUUCUGUUGUGGAUCUCGUGCCGUUCUUCAGCACCCUCUGCUGCUCUUUUAAUGGCUCCUCUGUGCACCUCCCACAUUAUGUCGCUGACUACCCGCCGUCCAGCAGUGAUCAGGUCAUGAAACGCCUAGAGCACAUCAUUGAAGGAGAGUUCCUCGAUGGAAUGGACAAUUAGAUGAUAGAUCUCAUUCCAAAUCCUAAAAUGUUUUACCUAAAUUCUGUUUGCUUUUUUAUUUAAUGUAAUCUACAUGCUGUGAAUGUAUAUCAUCUUUGUAUUUUAAUUUGACUUAAGGUGGGUGUUCUGUUCAUUCUGUGCAUAUUCCAUUACUGUUUGUUAUUGAAUGAGCCAAAUGAAUGUUUAUUUGGCCAUAUUUCAUCGGCCAUAAUGGUCAAAACAAACAGAUAAUGCAUUUAUUGUUUGAACCAUGGAAUUUUUUACUUGUAUGUAGGGUUGCCAGUCAUUACUUGACUUGAAAUCCCUUUGCAGUAUUUCCUUUCUAUGUACUUUCUGAUCUGCUUUUUCCUGUAUAGCUCAUCUGUCUGUUGGGAAAUAUUGACAAUGUUGACAAGACUUUCUGUUGCAUUAUUUUAUUCUGCUAUAUUUCUCCAGUCACUUUAAAUUAAAGAUAAUAUGUCUUUAUUCUUGUUAUGUGGAUAUUGAAUGUCUUCUUUUCUGUGUAGAGUCAAUACUCUGUUAAUAUUUACAGUAAAGGAAUUGUAAUGCAUCUUUUUAUUUCUGUAACCAAGGGAAUGUUUUUUAUUCAUGUUUGUGUUCUUCAUCCUUUGUAGGACCUCAAAGACAUUUUUAUGCUGUUGCUUUCAUUUUAGAGUGCAUUUGACUUGCCAGUUAUAGUCUAAAAUGUUAUUGCUAGUGACCUUGGCCUUUGAUUGAAGUGCCUAAA